AUGGAGCAGAAAAAAGGGGUUCGCUUCCAAGGUGGUUUGGAAAGUGUGUUAGGGCAGCUGACGCAGCAGCAGCAAUGGGAGAACGAAGCCAACUUAGCUGCUGCAUCGGCAAUUAGGGAGAAGAAGAGGUUUGAAAGUCCUUCCAACACACCAGAGCAGAAAAAGGCACUGAUUGAUAUUGGCUACAAGGCGAAACAAAAACACCAUGAGAAGCGGCUUCUGCUAAAAGACCCGAAUCAGAUGGGUCUUGGAAACGUGCUUCAGGGGCAAACCUCACUUUUAAGGAGGGAUAUGUUCAGGAGAAAGCUAUUCCCCAUUCGUUUUGAAGAGUCCGCCAGGAACGUUGAAGAAGUCCAGCAAUUGCUCAUGAAGAGACAGCCUCUCGGUCAGCUUUUUAUUUCCCUGCUUUAUCUUGCAAUGCUCCUACUUUUCCUCUCUUACUCGUUGGAAGUCACCAAGAUAUUCGAAGCGACGAACGGAAUUUCAUCUUCUUUAAACUCUGCGCUGGCACCCCCUGUCUCCAGCUUCAACUCAAUUAGCUAUGAGUGGGCACGAGCAGAACAAACGAAUUCAGCUCCAGCAUCAGUUGCUGCCACUCCGGACUCGGGCCUUCCCGUUGAUAUCUUUACGCUGAAGAGUAAAGCUGGGGUGGCUUCUUGGCUUCUUUAUGGCUUUAUCCCUCUUCUUUAUGGACCAUCAUCGCAGGCGAGCAACUUGGGCACUGCAAGAAUUGUUGGCAAUUGUUUCAGGCUCACCUUUCGGCAAGUAUGUGAUACGCUAGGUUAG